AUCCGAAAUUUCUUGCCUCUUUCCUUUCCUCCUUUCACUUCCUCAGUUCCUUGUUCCUUGUUCCUCUUACCCUCUUUUCUCACUCGUGCUAAAUAGUAUAAUACUAUACACACUUACACAACCACGACCAACAUCAUAGAAGAAAGAGAAGAGAGUGCAAAACAGGAAGGAAACAACUUUGUACUUGUUAUAGCUGAAAAACACACAUAUAUUGUAUAAUAUAAUUCAAUGGAAGACGAGGCUUUCAGCUUUGGCUUCUCAAAUGCUUCAACAAGUUACCAAUCGAGGGUCAAGUCCCACUUCGAGCUCUGCAUCGAUUUUGAUGAUGUCGAUGGAGAUGAUGAGUUAAAAACGGGUUAUCCAUGCCCGUUCUGUGCAGAGGAUUUUGAUCUGUUGGAGCUGUGGUGUCAUAUUGACUUGGAGCAUCAAAAUGAAGCCAAGUCCGGGAUUUGUCCUGUUUGUGCUUUGCGGGUGGGGAUGUAUAUUGUUGAGCACAUGACAGCAAAACACGGAAACAUAUUUAAGAGCCAUCACAAAUCAAGACGCUGCAAGUUUGAGUCCUAUCCAACUCUUUCCGAAAAGGAUCUACAGGAUGGAUGCUGGCAAUCUUUUCCUGCUGGUUCAUCUCAUGUGAUUUCUUCCUCCAAGACAACACGUGAUCCAUUUCUGUCAUUUUUAUAUAGUGCAGCUUCUGCUGAUGAACGUGAAAAUGUGCAGCCGGAUUCUUCAAGUGAAAUUAGCUUAGAAGAAAUACACUCAGAUGAAGCAGAUGAUAGUGCGUUAGAAAGAGAUGUCCAGCCAUGUUUAUCUAACAAAGAUCAAAUAGAGAGCGCUCGGCGUAGUGAAUUUGUACGGGGACUUUUUAUGUCUACUAUCCUUGAUCCUGAUUUCUGAAUGAGACAAUUGCCAACAUUGAUUGUUAUUUUCAAAUUUAUUGAAAGGAAAGGAAUUGGAGACAAAAAGAUGGUAGAUUAAUCUCGAAAAUGAUCCUAUGAUUAAUAUUUCUGUCGUACACAGUGUGAUGCCUGUUGUAUAGAGUCACAGAGAGCUAUGUAACCUAUGUUAGAUGUAGGAGUUAAAUGUAGUGUAUAUCUUAAUGCAACGAAAAUAUUUGUUCAAAACAACUUACAUAUAUAGUGUUUCACUUGACUAAUGGAUGAAAAAA